UAUUCGACAAGCAGAGCUUUUAAGUAUAGUAGAUAAAAAGUUCGGAGAGAACAUAAGCAAAAUACAAGUCAUAAAUACACAUUAAAUAAUUCUAUUGUAAAGAACUAUGGAAUUUAAAGACUGUGUAAAACUGGUACUAUGUUUAUUGGUUUGUGGAAUGGUCCCUUGCGUUCUUGCGGCGCCAACUGCGGACAAUGAAGAGUCAUCCAGCCAGGAUAGCCAGGAUCUUAACGGAGACGCUUUACAGGAGAUGGGGACAGACUACGACAAACCAUUUUUGCAGCUGAUUGGUAAAGCAAUUGAACAGCUAGAAAGCAAAAUAAAUGAUAAAAUAUGUGAUCUUCAUCCAUGUUCCGAGUGGGAAGAAUGGACAGGAUGCUAUGCACAUGUCAAUGACUUUGGAGCUAAAUUCCGUACCCGUGAAUGCGGUGUAAAUUACACAGCUUGCGACUCUGAUACAAAAGCGAAGACUGGUGAAACUGAGAUAUGUUACGGUUACUGCCCAGAUGACUAUAACAUUACGAAUAGCGGAUAUUGUGUGAAAUUGUAUCGUGGCAUGCAGACAACUCGAGUGGAAGCAGAACGGCAGUGUGAAAGCGACGGUGGCCAUCUUGUAAACAUCGAUUGCAUGAGGAAAUACGAAGAUGUCAAAGAGGUUAUCAACAAAGAAUGGUUCACGUCUCAGUUUUGGGUAGACGGUCUCCGUAGUAAUAAUAGUUCAACAUGGGAGUACGGCUAUGGUUCCGCAGAGGGAUUUUUCAACUGGUACCCUGGGGAGCCUAGCAACGGAGAGGGCGAAUCGUGUCUGGUUGUCAAGGGUUACCAGAUGCAAUGGCAGGACGUGCACUGUUUGGAUGUGUAUAACUACAUGUGUGAAGUCAUUGAACUUUAAAUUUAUCAAACAUGAUCUUAAAACUAGAGGAAAUGUAAUGUGCGAGACAUUAAGAAUUAAUUAUUAAUUAUUUUCUAUCGAAUUUUACAGUUACAUGUGAUUUAUUGCAAUCAACUGAAAGGGAAAUUCUAAAUGAAUGUGCUGUUCAUACGUUUGAUAAUAAGUUAGUUUACAUUUGUGAGAACUUUAAUUAUAAUCUAAAUAUAGAUCCUAAAUUUUUUGUUGACUAAAUUUUCUUACACUGUCUAUUCUACCUUGUAAACAAUCUUGAUCUUAACAUAAAGAACUACCUUAGGUAGAAGUUUGUCAAUGUUAAAGCUUAUGUCAUUUUGAAUGCAACUGCUGUAUGAGUACUGUUGUUUGAGCAUGAAAUAAAUGUUGCUGCAUUUA